CGGUGAGGGCAGUGAGAUAACGACCGCUGGGAGUUCGAAGACAGGGAGUGGCGAGUCCGAGUUAAGCAAGGAGCUCUAUGAGGCCGCAAUCUGCAUGUAGGAGAGGAUCCGCGCGUUGCAGUCCGCCGGUUGGAUCGGCAAUAAAAGGGAAUCGAUGGAGCCCCAGAGCAAGAUUCGCGACGAGGACGACGAGAUGGAAACCGGAGGGGAGCUUUCGACAGGAAGGAGCAGCGGCGAGUCCCUGCAUCUUGCCGCCGCAGUCGAGACCGAGUGGAGGAUCACCGGCGACUCCGACGAGAACUCGGUGUUCAUCCUGGAGGAGACCGUGCACAGAUUGGUUAGCGACAUCAUGCCGGAAUUCGAAGCAAAGGUCGGCGACGUCGCUUCAGUGCUCGAAGCAGAGGAGACCCGGAAAGAGGCACUGGCGGCGCUGAGCUUCGGCUUCAGACUGCAGUUGUUCUCCGAGCAGAUCGAUGAGCUGCGGCACGAGAUGUGCAAGUUGCUGAGGUCGUUCUCGCCGGAAAACAAAGAUAUAAGGAGCACCAUGAUCAAAUUUAUCUCUGAGCCGUACCUAGGCCGUAUCUGCAAAUUGCAGUGGAUCUCUGAACGUGUCAGUAUGCUCCAGCGAAUGGACCCAGACUUCGACUCCAAAGUGAAGUCAACAAUCAUCAAGCUGAAAUCGGAAUCCUUCUUGUUAGCCAUGGAGGAGUUGAAGGAGGAGGAGGAGGAGGAGGAGGAGAGCGGCAGGGAAGGAAUCGCCGGAGAAGGUCGUGGAGACCAAGAAGUUUCCAUGGAGAUGGAGGAGAAGAGAUUCGCUUCCUACCGCCGCUGCUGGGAACGUUUAUGGGGCAAUGACCGCAGCUUCGAAGACCAGACAUUAUUGAGCCCCAUGCUCUUUACACAUUGCACAGCUAGCCGCAUCCCGAAUGAAGCUGUCGCCGGGAGUACCUUGCAGAUCCACUCCAUCAAAAUCUCAACAGCAAAAGAGCUCACAUUGCCACUGGAGGUGUAUGGGGUGGUCGCAGUCCGAGAUGCUGUGGACCAUCAUCGCAACCCUCUAUUCCUUCGUUCAAGAACGCAUUGCCAAAUCCUUGAAGAAAAUGAUUCAUUUUUGCGCUUGACUGGCCCGGUUCGUGCAAUUGUGUCGAUGGAUACUGUUUACAUCGAAAUCCAACUAAAAGUAAAGGGCGCAACAAAAUCUGAAGAUACAACAUUGAUCAGUACAUUCGGCUUUUACAAUGGUGACAGUUCUGGUACCUUUCUCCUGAAAAACAGUUUGUGCACAGUGGAGUUAUGCUAUGAGCAACUUAAACAGUCGGUCCAGGCCACUAUCAUGGGUGUGUUUGUUACACCCAAACAGGAAUCAUUGCCUUUUCCAUAUGGUGGCCGAGUUAUUUGCUCUUCACUGCCUCAGGAUGAUAAUGAAGAUAUCGCUGGGCUUCCAUCUAGGGAAGUCUUGCUGCUUGAUUCGAAAGGUGGAAGAAUGUCUCUGACUAAUAAUGGCUACCUUAGUCUGGCAAGAAGUGUAGUUUCUGUGGAGUUAAAAGGAAAGCUGCAAGUCCUCAUAAUGGCUGAAUCACCAUCACAAAAUGCUGAGAUUGCUGCGCAAUUCCUCUUCACACCCGAAAAAUGCAACAUAAGUAAAGGUGAAUGUUACCUCCCUGAUGGCUCUAAGGUUGAGAUUACUGUUGCUUGGUCCCUCAUUCCCUCGACGAUGCUACAGUCAGGUGACAGUCGUGAGGACAGUGGGAUGGUGACCGGAGGAUAUUCAAAGGAAAGGACUGGCGGGUCCAUGUUAAGUGAGGAGGUAUGUAAGGCUGGAAUCUUAAUGCAGGAGAGUAUCCGCUGGGUCCAGGCCCGGGAGGAGAAGAUGUUAGAGAUUGGACUUUGCAACUCCGUGGAACACUCGAAUCUUCUGAAGUUGAAAUUUGAUAUGUUGGAGUUGUCGGAAAAGAUCUUCGGUCAGGCCGAGUACGAGACCCAUUUCAAAAUUCGCGACAAGGGUAAGAUGGAAACUGGAGGGAAGCCUUUGAAGGGAAGGAGUGGCGAUGUUGAAUUGUUGAGGAUUUGGCAACGAAGGCAGAAUGUUGAAGACACUGAGCAAGAUUGGUGACGGGGGCAAAUUGUUCUCCAAGCAGUUCAUGGAGCCGCUGGUCAAUUUCUCAAUUUCUGUAGCCAGAUCUGUCAGAAACAUGAUUGAGGAGGAGGUAGAG